UAUAUCAGCGUAGCUAUUAUUACCAGGUGGAGAAAAUUCAUGAGGGAUGGGGGCUUCCAAAUGGAUCCAGAGGUUGCAGACUCUCUGCUGGACAGUUAGACUAUCCCGCCCUCAUCGCUGCCAUUUUCAUCUGCAGCAUUGGGGGGACAUUUCAGUAUGGCUUCAGUGUGUCUGUGAUGACGUCCCCCUCUGUUUUCAUAAAGGAGCUGGUGAAUAAAAGUUGUGUGCACAGGUAUGACCGAACCCUAAAGGAGUGGGAGGUCUCUCUCAUCUGGUCCUUCACAGUGUCCAUUUUCUGCAUCGGCGGGUUACUGGGGUCACUGACGGCAGGUUCCCUCAAUUCAAGAUUCGGCAGAAAGCGCUGUCUUCUGAUGAAUAAUUUUGUUGCUAUAUUUGGAGCCGUACUGAUGCUCUUGAGCAGAGCAGCUAAUUCUUUUGAAAUGAUAAUGGUGGGAAGAUUUCUCUAUGGCAUCAAUGCAGGAGUUGGUCUUUCAGCUCAAGCCAUGUAUCUCACUGAAUCGGCUCCUAAGAGGCUGAGAGCGAUGGUGGGCGUCACCAUCGCAACUUUUUUAUCCUUGGGGAAGUUCUGUGGUCAGCUGCUGGGCAUCAGAGAGUUGCUUGGCACGGAGAAUAAUUGGCCCUGGCUGCUUGGUUUCAAUGGUUUCGCUGCAUUGUUCCAGCUCUGCACUCUGCCUCUCCUACCAGAGUCUCCGAGAUUCCUUUUGCUGGAAAGAGGAAACUUCCAGGCUUCUGAGAACGCUUUUAGGAAAUUAUGGGGCAAAAACGACUACAACAAGGAAAUUGAGGAGUUGCUGCAGGAGAAAGCAGCACUGCAGUGCAUCCGAAGCUGCUCAGUACUGGAGCUAAUUCAGAACCGAACCGUUCGCUGGCAGCUCCUCACCAUUGUUAUAGCCUUCACUGCCCUGCAGCUCAGUGGCAUCAAUGCUGUGUACUUUUACUCUUUUGAUGUAUUUCGAGCAGCAGGGAUCCAGGAACACAGGUUAGCAUAUGCUGCCUUGGGAACAGGCCUGUGUGAAGUGUCCACCUCCGUAGCCUGUUUCAUGAUAAUUGAGAGCAUGGGCCAAAAGGGGCUGCUGUUCAGAGGCUACGUGGCGAUGGCUGCAACUCUGGGCCUCCUCUCUGUCACCAUUUACUUUCAGAAAACUGUGUGGUGGAUGCCGUACUGCAGCAUGGUUUUAGUUUUCCUCUUCAUUUUCUUCUUUUCCAGUGGACCCGCUGCAACAACAGUUCCUCUUCCAGGGGAGAUCUUAACCCAGUCGUUUAAAUCAGCCGGAUACACAGUUGGAUGCACCAUUAACUGGAUCAGCCUGUUUGUACUGGGGAUGCUUUUCCCCAUCUUAGUGGACAAGUGGGGUAAUUUUUGCUUCCUUAUGUUUAUGGCUGUCUGCCUCAUCUGUGGGAUCCAUGUGAGGUUCAACAUGCCGGAGACCAAAAAUCGAACGGCGCUGGAGAUAUCUGCUGAGUUUGACAAGAUGCACGCCAAAGAUAAAGCCUCAGAGAAGAAAAAGCCCUCAGAUAUCUGUGAAAUCAAAGUACAAGAGACCAAAUUGUGAUACAGGAAGAGUUUGAGUUUCUCUUGUAAAUGCCUUGUCUGACCUCCAGGUGAAUUUUCACGGAUGGCCUCUCCUGGAAUGAUUGACAGCUGUCCUAAAUGUUUUCUAUGUGUGAAGAAUGAUGGACUUCAAGUUCUAUGAAAAAGGUCUUCAAAGUCCUCCUUUACUGAUGGCCAGCAAUAAUUGGUUCUCUAAGGUCAUUGUUGAUAUCUGACUGCUUCUAUUAAGGUGAUCAGUUUUGCUGAUAACCUAUCAAAUAAGAUAGAUUUAUCUUACCAUGUCAAUAAAUAAAAGACAGUCCAUAUCAUAUGUUUGUUUAAUCUCAGCUGGCUAAUAGGGAAUCUUUGUAGUGAAUAGCCAGACCCUGAGGUUAUCAGUGUGCUCUGUUUGUUUAAAGUCAGACAGUUUUCAAGAAGAAAAAUACCACAGCUAUUCUUUUUAUGUACGGACCUGCUAAACUGCAUUUUUUCCAUCAUGAACUGAUGCAUACUGAUGAUUACGGUAAUAAAAUCCACCACUGUGAACAAUA